AUGGGCAAUGCAUGUUGCAAUCAUUAAGAGAUCCAUUAGAAUCAUUUCUAGAGUCAUACAUAAAUUCUCAUUCCUAUGUACAAAUAAACAAAUAUUUGGGAUUCGUUCUAAGAUGAUGAUGAUGAAAAUAUUUCCUCUAUUAAACAAUAUAUAACACCUAGUGCUGCAUCAAAAGUUGAUCUUGAUUUCUCUUCAGAUACUAAUCAAUCGAAAAUGAAAUAAACAAUUUAAUUACCAGGCACUAGAAAAUCUGUGAAGAUAAGUUAUAAUAAUUUCGUAACUAUGAAACAAGGAGAAUGGAAUGAAUAAUAUAGUAUACUCAAAAAAUUAGGAUAAGGUAGUUAUGGAUCUGUAUGGCUUGGCUAACAUAAAAAAACUGGUAUAUUAAGAGCACUGAAAUAAAUUAAAAAAGACUCAUUAUUAUUUGAAGAUUAAUAAAGAAUGUUAUCUGAGCUGAAUAUCUUAAAAUCUUUAGAUCAUCCAAAUAUUGUUCGUGUUUUUGAAUGCUUUUAAGAGGAUAAUUAAUAUAUUAUUGUUACUGAGUAAUUUAUUAUUAUAUUAAGAUACCUUCCUGAAGGAGAACUCUUUGAGAGAAUUAAAAAACUCUAAUGUUUUAGUGAAAGAAUGGCAGCUGAUUAUAUUAAAUAAAUACUAUAAGCAGUUAAUUACUGUCAUGAUAAAUAAAUUGUACAUAGGUAAAUAAAUAGUAAAAUUUAUAUAGAGAUAUAAAACCAGAGAAUAUAUUAUUGAGUGGAUAAGGAGAAGAAAUUAAAGUUAUUGAUUUUGGAACAUCUAGAUAUUUUUCAUAAAAUAAUAAUAUGAAUAAACGAUUAGGAACUCCUUAUUAUAUUGCUCCAGAAGUAUUGAAUGGAUAAUACAAUGAAAAAGUUGAUAUAUGGUCAUGUGGAGUUAUCUUAUAUAUUUUCUUAUGUGGUUAUCCUCCUUUUAUAGGAAAAAAUGAAAAUGAAAUUUUCGAGAAAGUAAAAAAGGGAAAAUUGAUUUUUGACAAAGAAGAUUGGUCAACAGUUUCUAAAGAUGCAUAAGAUUUAAUUGGAAAAAUGCUAAAUAUUAAUGCUAAUAAAAGGUUCUCUGCCAAAUAAGCACUUCUUCAUCCAUGGGUUUAAAAAAAUGCUAAAUAGGAAAUUAUAUCUCCAUAAUUAUUAAAUAACAUCUAAAAAUUCUAUGUAUAUAUUUAUUUUCUAUUAAAUAUAGGUCAAAAGCAACUUUCAAAAAGCAAUAAUGACUUUUAUGGUUAAUUAAACUCUACAAAAUUAAGAAAUUAGUGAAUUAAAGGCUACUUUCCAUGCUUUAGAUAAAAAUCAUGAUGGAAAUCUAAAUAAAUUAGAAUUGAUUGCUGGUUAUCAAGACAUUUUAAAGAAUAAAGAAUUAGCUGAAGAAAAAGUUAAUAAAAUUUUAGAUGAUCUUGAUUUAAAUCAUUCAAAUUUAAUAGAUUAUUCUGAAUUUAUUAUGGGAGCAAUGAAAUUCGAAAAAUUAGUUUCAAUAGAAAGAAUUAAAUUAGCAUUUCGUAUGUUAGAUACAGUAAUAUAAAAUUAUAAUAUAUUAGAAUGGUGAUGGUUAUAUAUCAAAAGAGGAAUUGGAAGAUAGCAUGGGAUUUUUAGAACCUGAAAUAUGGGAAUCAUUUUUAAAGGAUUGUGACUUAAAUAAAGAUGGAAAAAUAUCAGAAGAAGAAUUUACUAAUAUUUUAGUUACUUUAUGA